AUGGAUGGAGACUUAAACCCAGACCAAGGUAUUACGGAUGAAGACUCAACCGCAGACGAAGGUAGCUUUCUGCAGGUAGCCUCAAACCCAGAUGAAGUCAUUGAUAUUGAAAGCAAUGUAGAAAAUAUUCAAUGCAAUGCUCGAGAAAAAACUCCACCUAUUGUAAGUCUUGAAGAGAGUUAUGUUGGAGAUUUGUAUGGAAAGAUUGUGAAAAAUGAGCAAGAAGCUUAUGAUCUCUAUAAUGAGUAUGCAGCACACAUUGGCUUUAGCAUUCGAAAGAAACAAAGAAGAUAUGACAAAAAUGGAGAUCUUUCAACACUUAAUUUUUGUUGUUCAAAAGAAGGUUUUCGGCAAGAUAGUGACCCUUGUGAAGAGAAAAAGACUAAGAGAUUGGACGAGAGAACAGGCUGCCAAGCCAAAAUUCGAUUUUUACUAGAAGAUGGUGAGUGGAAAGUCUCUACCUUUGAUCCUGAACACAAUCAUGAACUUGCAAUGCCAGAGGAAAGACAAUUUUUAAGAUCAAAUCGUAAAAUUUCAGAAGCUCAUAUGGGUGCGAUUAAAACCAUGGCGAAUGCAGGUAUAAGAACUACAAAUACGUACUCAUAUUUAGCAGAAGAAGUCGGUGGGUCUCAAAAUGUUGGGUUUACGAAAACAGAUUGCUACAAUUUUGUUAGUAGGGAAAAAAGAAUUAUGCUUGAAGCAGGGGAUGCUCAAAGCUUGAUCAAUCAUUUUAAGCGCAAGCAAGCUGAAGAUCCAAUGUUCUUCUACACGGUGCAAGUUGAUCAAGAAAACCGAAUGACUAACUUUUUCUGGAGGGAUGGAAGGUCCAGAAUUGAUUAUGAGUGCUUCGGGGACGUAGUAGUAUUUGAUACUACAUAUCGAACCAAUAAGUACAACAUGAUUUGUGCUCCUUUCGUUGGAGUUAACCAUCACUGGAGUAAUGUGUUGCUGGGUUGUGCCUUUUUGUUGGAUGAGAAGACUGCUACAUUUGAAUGGUUGUUUGAGGCAUUCUUAGAAUCAAUGGGGAAUCAAAAGCCUAUAACCAUUUUCACUGACCAAUGUCAAGCUAUGGCAAAUGCCAUUAUGGUGGUGUUUCCUGGGACAUGCCAUCGUUUAUGCACAUGGCAUAUAUCAGUGAAUGCUACAAGAAAUAUACCAACACUUUAUGGAAUCCCUGAGUUCAAAAAGCUAUUCAACAAGUGUCUUGACGGAUGUCAAACAGAGUUAGAAUUUCAGCAUACUUGGGAUGCAAUGAUUGAGGAAUUUAACAUUGCACAAAACAAAUGGCUUAAAGGUCUUUAUGCCAUUCGUGAGAAGUGGUGUCCAGUGUUUAGCCAAGAUGCUUUCUCUGUGAGGAUAAAAUCCACACAAAGAAGUGAGAGCAUGAAUAAUGUUUUCCACCGUAUGUCUACUAAAACAAUGACUCUUACUGAAUUUGUGCUUCAUUAUGAAAAACAAGCAAAUGGCAUGCGUUCAAAAGAAUUAGAAGAAACCUUUCGUUGCAAGCAAGGUUUGCCUUCUACAGCAGCUAAAAACAGUGGUUUUCUUAAACGUGCUGCAAGUGUCUACACAAGAAAAAUUUAUAAAUUUCUUGAGUAUGAGUUUGUUGGCAGUUUGGCGGUAAAAAUGCGUGAAGUUGAAAGUGAUGGAACCCUCCAAACCUUUGAACUUAAUGAGGAGGGUCACAGAACAGUUUAUGUUGUCAAAUUCAAUUCCUCAACUUUCAACAUCUCAUGUAGUUGCAAGAGGUUUGAAUCCAUGGGUUUGUUAUGUCGUCAUGCUCUACGGGUAAUGAAUGUAAAAGAAGUUUCUCAAAUACCAAAUCAAUACAUAUUGAAGCGGUGGACGAAAGACGCAAAGAAAGAAUGGAAUGAAAAUGAGCAUGGAGAAUCUUUACAUGUAAGUGACAAUUUGUCAGUGACGUUACGUCGGAAUACUUUGAUGCGGAUUGCUUAUGGUAUAUUGAGUAUGAGAGCUGAGACAGAAAGUUGCCAUAGAAUUGCAAUGAAAAAAUUGAAAGAAAUGGCACAAUUGCUUGACAAAGAAAUGAAGUCAAAUGGGGAAGAAAUUGCUAAUAAAGAAAGCAAUGACGUUUUGAAUGAUGCUACUGUUCGUGAUACUGAUGGAGUCAAUAACUCAGCUGAUGAGGCACCGGUGUUGAAUCCUCCGAGUGUGAGGCCAAAGGGAAUAAGUAAUGCUAGAUUGAAAAGUCAUAUGGAGAAACGUAAAAAGAAGACAUCAAAUGUUCUUGGCUCAUCUAAGAAAACCAAACCACCAAGUAGUGGUGGUCCUUCACAUACCGCCAAUGCCAAUGUUCGUUUCCCUUCAACUAAUCAGUUCUAUCCAACCACGAGAUUGUCAACCACCAAUGUCCAGACUAGUUUGCCUUUAUCUAAUCAGAGUCCCAACUACAGUUGGUCAUGUUCCCCACCAAACUUUGCCUUCACCAAUGUGCUCCAAAGUCAAAACUGUAUGACACAUUUAAAUCAGGAUGCCUUUCCUUGUGGCUUUGAGGAACAUGAAGAUGCUUGUAACUCCUAA